AAAGUACUCAUUCAGAGCGGUGCAUUUCGUGUAAACACAACAAUUAAUAGAAAUUUAAUAAAAACUAAAGAAAAAUGGCCUCGAAUAGCAUGCCAGAGGAGAAUUUUGAAGGCGGGGAUUUCAACUUUGAUGACGAUGCGGAGGAUGACCAGUUUGUGGCCACCAAUUCAGGAAGAAAGCGCCUCUUUAGCAAGGAGCUGCGCUGCAUGAUGUUCGGUUUCGGGGACGACAAGAAUCCCUACACGGAAACCGUGGAUCUGCUGGAAGACCUGGUCAUCGAGUAUAUAGCCGAGACCACCCACCGGGCCAUGGAGAUCGGUCGCACAGGUCGCGUUCAAGUGGAGGACAUUAUCUUCCUGGUGCGCAAGGAUCAACGCAAGUAUGCCAGGGUCAAGGACCUCUUGACCAUGAACGAGGAGCUCAAGAAGGCGCGCAAGGCCUUCGAUGAGAUCAAGUAUGUGGGCACCGAGGGCAAGCUCAAAUGA